AGCUGGCCGGAAGUGGCCGGGCGAACGGGUGCGCGGGCGCGCAUUGAGCCUGCGCCGGGGCCGCGCCGUAGGUGUUCUGUGCCGCGGCGUUGCGGCGACCAUCCCGAGUCCUCUGUUGUGCCGCCCAGCAGCCCGAAAGCCCCCUCUGACCUUUCUCCUAGUCCUCCUCCCGCCGCCUCAGCCAUUGUCCCACCCCUCCGCCGGGGUUUGCGCAGCGGCUUGCACACCCCUCGGCCCGUGUACGCGCUCUGCACCUGCAUUCCCGAAAACAUGUUGCAGAAACCCGAGAGCGGGGCUCUCCCCAUCCCUCAGGCCGAGGGGAAGGAUGGCGGCCGUGACGGUGAGACCCAGGCCCUGACCGCCUCUCAGGAGGAGGCCCCGAGUCCCCUCCUGCAGGAGAGCUCCAAGGAGGAUCUUGGCGCCGGGAGGGAGGAGGGGGCUGCGGAGCCCGCCCUCACCCCAAAAGGCGCGAGGACCUUGGCAGCCAAAGCUUUGGCCCGGCGCAGGGCCUACCGCCGUCUGGAUCGGACGGUGGCCGAGCUGGUGCAGUUUCUGCUGGUGAAGGACAAGAAGAAGAGUCCCAUCACUCGCUCCGAGAUGGUGAAAUACGUUAUCGGAGACUUGAAGGAUCUGUUCCCUGAGAUCAUCGCAAGGGCCGCAGAACAUCUGCGGUAUGUCUUUGGUUUCGAGCUAAAACAGCUUGGUCGCAAGCACCACACUUACAUCCUGAUCAACAAACUAAAACCUCUGGAGGAGGAGGAGGAGGAGGAGAAUCUGGGAGGAGAUGGCCCCAGAUUGGGUCUCUUAAUAAUGAUCUUAGGCCUUAUCUACAUGAAAGGUAAUAGUGCCAGGGAGACACAGGUCUGGGAGAUGCUGCGUCGGUUGGGGAUGCGUCCGUCAAAGUAUCACUUCCUCUUUGGGUACCCGAAGAGGCUUAUUCUGGAAGAUUUCGUGCAGCAGCGAUACCUCAAUUACAGGCAGGUGCCUCACACCAACCCGCCGGAAUGUGAAUUCUCUUGGGGUCCCCGGAGCAACCUGGAAAUCAGCAAGAUGAAAGUCCUGGGGUUCGUGGCCAAACUCCAUAAGAAAGAACCCCACCACUGGCCAGUGCAGUACCGUGAGGCCCUGGCAGACGAAGCCGACAGGGCCAGGGCCAAGGCCAGAGCUGAGGCCAGUAUGAGGGCUAGGGCUAGAGCCAAUCAAAGGGCUGGUAUCCACCCUUGGUGAGGGCCGGUGGAUAGGUGGCCAGCAGGGUCCUCCUGGUUAUGAAAGCUACUGUCUGAGUCAUAAGUAGUAUCGUUGGGUGUAGGCCGUUAAUUAGAAGUUGAGUUUGUGUAACUAGGUUUUGUAUCUUGCUAUGUUUUGUUACAUUUUACAUACCGUUACACUGAUGUUUAUAAAUGAGAUUGUUCUACUUUUUCCUGUAGGAUUUUGUUGUAGAGUUUUGCUGGUUUUGUAAAAUGGAUUGAAAACUUUACAUCUUAUUGUAUGAUCUUGGACAAAUUACUCAGCAUUGUAAUGCUGUACGUUAAUGGUUUGAAGGAACUCAGCAGUAUAGCUGAUUGGUAUCUAGCUUCCCGAUGCUUUUUGUCUAUAUUGUAUAAAGAAAAAAGACUAGCAUGUAACUCUAUUUGCUUAGCUAUUCUAGUACCUAGAGAAAAAUGAAAAUGCAGUAAAUUAGAAGUCUAUCCUGGUACACUUAAUAAAUUAAACAUUUGUUGAGCA